AUGGAGUCUGGCCCAGGCCCUCCAGUCAGCGUUGCACCAGAGCUUCAGACGCCACACCUGCCAGAGACACCAGAACUACGGCAUUCUCCUGUGCCCCAGCAGCGCCCGUUGCCUUCGUUUCCUCCGUUUCCUCCGUUUCCUUCAUGGCCUCCGCUGCCUCCAGUGCCCCAGUUGCCCCGAGUUCCCCAGGCCGUGGAGGCAGUAGAGGUCAUCGAUCUUACAGGCCUCAGUGACGAGGAUGUUGGUGACGAAUGGGAGGACGUGCCCGACAUCAUCGACCUGACAAACCUCCCGUCCGACGACGAAGACGGAGACGAUGACCAUAACGCCGACGAAGAGAUCGACGAUGUACCCCAGAACUACACCAUCCUCAACCUGCCUCCCCGUCGGUACACCUCGAUCAACGGCCCUCCCGUUCCCCUUCCCCUUCCAGGCCAGACACGCUCCGCUCGCCGCGCCGCGCGUGCUGCUGCACGUGCUGCUGCGCGUGUUUCUGCGCGUGUUUCUGCGCGAGUCCCCAUCCGCCGCGACAUCUGCGAGCUCUGCGCCCGCGUUGUCCGCUGGGGCCCGGGCUGCCUGAUCACGAAGCACCACCUAUACCCCCAAGAAAUCACAAAGAAGUACCCUGACAGGUACACCCAGGCCGAGAAGAAAUCCAUCGCCCUCCUAUGCCGCCCCUGUCACGAUGCCUGCCACAGAGCCCACAGCAACGGGGUUCUGGCGGACUUCUACAAUCAGGUUGACCUGCUCAAGGCCGACCCGAACAUCCAGGCCCACAUCAGCUCGAUGCAGCGCGCGACUACCCCUGAGCUGAUCGCGAGGCACGGAGACGGCAUCAAUGUGCGGCGGAAGAAGGAGCGGGUCAGGGCCGCGAUGACCUACCCUCACAAGGUGCUGGCCUUGAAGCAGGGAAAGGCGCUCAGCCGUCCCAACCUGCGAGAGAGGGCCUUGGGCGUUCCGCCGCCCCCUCCUGGUGUUCGGCGAAGUGCGAGGCUGCUAGCCAAGAGCACGGGCGACCAAUCGCAAGUCCCUGUGAUUGUCAUAGAGGACGAAGGUGAGGAUACGCAGGAUGGGGUGAUCCACGAGGAAGCCCAAGGAAAGGAGAAUGAAAAGAUGCAGGGUAUUGUCAUCGACGAAGAACUUGCGGUCCUUGAGGCUCUUGGGGAAUAUAUUCGGCUGUAA